GGGCGGGGCGGGGCGGGGCGGGCGCGCGCUUCCGGGAGCGGGCUCGGCGGCGCCGGGCGGGCGCGCAGAGUUAGCCAACCAUGGCCCUCACAAGUGUGGGAAAGAUGGUUGGCCUCCAGAAGAAGACUUCUGGAAUCAGGAAUAUCUGUAUAUUAGCCCACGUGGAUCAUGGCAAAACUACUCUAGCUGAUUGUCUAAUAUCUAGCAAUGGAAUAAUCUCUAGCCGCUUGGCAGGAAAGCUGCGAUACCUAGACAGUAGAGAAGAUGAACAGAUUCGAGGAAUAACGAUGAAAUCUAGUGCAAUUGCAUUGCACUUUGUGAAAGGUGAUGAAGAGUAUCUGAUUAAUUUAAUAGACUCCCCAGGGCACGUGGAUUUUUCUUCAGAAGUGUCUACAGCAGUUCGACUCUGUGAUGGUUGCAUCAUAGUGGUGGAUGCUGUUGAAGGUGUCUGUCCACAGACUCAAGCAGUUCUACGGCAAGCAUGGCUAGAAAAUAUACGUCCAGUAUUGGUGAUUAAUAAAAUCGAUCGCUUGAUUGUGGAGCUCAAGCUCACCCCUCAGGAGGCAUACUUGCACCUUAAGAAUAUCUUAGAACAGAUCAAUGCAGUCACUGGAGCACUUUUUACCUCUAAAGUCUUAGAAGAAAGAGCUGAGAAAGAAACAGAAAGUGAAAGUAUUUCAGACACUGCACCAGGAGAUCAAGUUUAUGACUGGAGUGCUGGAUUGGAAGAUACUGAUGAUUCACAUCUCUAUUUUUCACCAGACCAUGGAAAUGUGGUGUUUGCCAGUGCAGUUGAUGGCUGGGGCUUUGGAAUUGAGCAUUUUGCCAAACUGUACAGCCAAAAGAUUGGAAUCAAGCCUGCAGUACUUCUGAAGACUUUAUGGGGAGAUUAUUAUCUAAAUACAAAAACAAAGAAGAUAAUGAAAGGUGAUCAGUCAAAAGGAAAGAAGCCUUUGUUUGUGCAAUUGGUGCUGGACAACAUAUGGAGUUUGUAUGAAGCUGUUAUGAAAAGAGACAAAGAAAAAAUUGAAAAAAUAGUCACCUCUUUGGGACUGAAAAUAGGUGCACGGGAGUCACGGCAUGCAGACCCUAAAGUUCAUCUUCAUGCCAUUUGUAGCCAGUGGCUACCAAUAUCUGAUGCAGUCCUGUCCAUGGUGUGUAAUAAACUUCCCAGCCCUCUUGACAUCACUGCAGAGAGAGUGGAAAAGCUGAUGUGUGUUGGAGCUAGAACAUUUGAUUCUUUGCCACCAGAAACUCAGGAACUGAAAAGUGCUUUUAUGAAAUGCAGUAGUGAAGAAACAGCCCCGGUUAUUGUCUUUGUUUCUAAAAUGUUUGCUGUUGAUGCAAAGACAUUACCACACAAUAAACCAAGGCCUUUAACUCAAGAAGAAAUAGCUCAUCGUCGUGAACUUGCAAAACAAAGGCUUGCGGAAAAAUUGGCAGCAAAUCGAGGAAAGGAGCUAUCAGAAAAGGUCCAAAGUGAAAAUUCAUCUGAAGUAACUGAGAAUACUGGUGAUACAAAAGGUGAAGAGCAACAGCUCACCGGUCAAGUAGAGAUCACGACCUCAAACGCAAUGAAACAGGAAGCAGAGAACAAGGAGUCUUUCAUUGCUUUUGCUAGAGUGUUCAGUGGAGUGGUGCGGAGAGGGCAAAAGAUCUUUGUUUUAGGACCAAAAUAUGAUCCUGCUGAGUCUUUGCAUAAGCUGUCAUCCCAGUGUUCGGCUACAAAUGAUCUGCCAUUAGUACCUCAUAUGACUAGCUGUACCUUGGAGAAUCUCUACUUGCUUAUGGGAAGAGAACUUGAAGAUCUUGAAGAAGUACCUGCAGGAAAUGUUUUGGGAAUAGGAGGCCUGCAAGAUGUUGUGCUAAAGUCUGCAACACUGUCAACAUCGCCAGCUUGUCCACCAUUUACACCUCUCAACUUUGAAGCUACACCGAUUGUGCGGGUAGCUGUUGAACCAAAGCAUCCAAGUGAUAUGCCUCAGCUGGUCAGAGGAAUGAAGCUUUUAAACCAAGCUGAUCCGUGUGUCCAAGUUUUAAUCCAGGAGACAGGAGAGCAUGUGCUAGUGACAGCAGGAGAAGUUCAUCUUCAACGUUGCUUGGAUGACCUGAAAGAAAGGUUUGCAAAGGUACAGAUUAGUGUAUCAGCACCUAUUAUACCAUUCCGAGAGACAAUAACAAGACCUCCAAAAGUCGAUAUGGUGAAUGAAGAAAUAGGAAAACAGCAGAAAGUUGCUGUCAUACACCAAACAAAAGAGGACCCAAAUAAAAUUCCUGAAGGAGUUCAAGUUGAUUCAGAUGGGCUUAUUACAAUAUCUACUCCAAAUAAACAAGCUACUCUCAGCGUAAGAGCAGUGCCACUUCCUGAGGAGGUAACUCGACUUCUUGAAGAAAACAGCGACUUAAUUCGAACUAUGGAGCAACUCAACACAUCUCUGAAUGAAGAGAAAAAAACCCAUGAGAUAAAUCAGAAGACUCUGGAUAGGAUCAAGGAAUUCAAACAAAAGUUGGAGCAAAAUCUGCAGGGAAGAAAGUGGAGAAAUGCUGUUGAUCAGAUCUGGUCAUUUGGACCACGGAAGUGUGGGCCUAAUAUUUUGUUAUAUAAUUUUGAGGGCUAUAAAAGAUCUGUGUGGCAGUGCCUUGGGAACCCUGUGAAAGAAGCAAGUAAAUACAGAGACUUUGACAACAGCAUAGUAAGUGGAUUUCAGCUGGCUACGCUUUCAGGUCCCAUGUGUGAAGAACCCCUCAUGGGUGUUUGUUUUACAGUGGAAAAAUGGGAAAUAAAUAAAGUUGGAGAGAUGCUGUCGACUAGCAGUCAGGAUUCAGGGAACUGUGAUGCCGUAGAACAUAAACAAAAUGAAGAUGCUGCUCUAACGAGCAGUUGUGCUGAUGAAGUUUGCAGUGCGAAUGAACACCAGGACAGCAGUCAAAGUGUUACAAAAUCAACUGAGAAAAUUAGUAAACACAAGGGAGAAGUUUUACUUGCAGAUUGUUAUGGUCCCUUCUCUGGACAACUGAUUGCCACCAUGAAGGAAGCUUGUCGUUAUGCUUUGCAAGCAAAACCACAGAGGCUUAUGGCAGCAAUGUACACAUGUGAAAUUAUGGCUACUGCAGAAGUUUUAGGUCGUGUGUAUGCUGUCUUGUCCAGAAGAGAAGGCAGAGUGUUACAAGAGGAGAUGAAAGAGGGGACGGAUGUGUUUAUUAUUAAGGCAGUCCUGCCAGUAGCAGAAAGCUUUGGUUUUGCUGAUGAAAUCAGGAAGAGAACUAGUGGCCUGGCCAGUCCGCAGCUGGUGUUCAGCCACUGGGAGUAUUUAUGACCCUCACGGUCAGACUUCAACAACAGUAAUCCUCUACACUGGCAUGUCUUUCCCUCAUCUUUGUCCUGUCCUGCCCCUGUCUGGUAAGUGGGUACUGUUACUUUCUCACAGAUUUUAGAGUCCUUGAGUUAAAAAGACUGCAAAGCAGCUGAUUUUUCAUUUAUUUAUUUUAUUUUUUAGUUAAUAAUGAAGAGCAGCAUUUUUAGUGUUGUCAAAGGUUCUGUCCAUCUGUUUUUUCUCUGUGUAAAAAAUUAUGCUUAAUGCUGGAAAUAGUCACCAGCCUUCUGGAUCCUUGAGCACUUACAAGUCAUCUCUCAUUUAUCCCCUCACGGAAACCAUCACUGCUGCCUAUGGAAGUAAAGUGUAAAUUUGUGAAAUAAGUGAUCUUGUAAAUAUGAAACUACAGCAUUUCCUUAGUUGAUGGGACAAGCCAAGCACUUGGGAAAGCACACCAUCGGUGUAUACCCUUGCUAGAAAACAAUCCACUGGAGCUUUGUUAUAAAACAUGCAAACAUCCUGAGGAAGUGACAGUAAUUUGCAAUAAACACUGCGUGUAAACAAU